GACAGCUGUUGUUGCGCUCUGCGAGAAAGCAGGUUCCAUUGGAGCAUUGGAGCAUCAGUUAUAGGUUAGAGUUCCGCGUAAUAACAACAAUCAAGGAUGGAGCCGAUGUUACUAAAAAGCAAAUUUCGCGGUACGAUGUUGGGUGUUCUGGUCGGCGAUUGCCUCGGAAGCCCGUACGAAGGUCUAACCAAAAUAUCAUCCCAGAGAAAAGUUUUCUUACAGCGACAGCUGAAUAAAUUGUGGGACACAAAGUUCAGAGAGCCUGUUAUGGAGUACACAGAUGAUUCGGCGAUGACACGUGCCUUAGCUGAGUCACUGAUUGAGAAACGAGAUUUAAAUGUUGUUGAUGUAGCUAGACGAUUUGCUAAAAGUUAUCAUGAAGAGGAAUCAAGAAAUCGUCGGUAUGGGGCUGGUACUGCAACUCUACUUGAGAAAUGGAAGAAACAUGUGGAGGAAACAAACAUAAAAAUCCCAGCAAAGAAUCUAUUUGAUGGUUUAGGUUCUCUUGGUAAUGGCGGUGCGAUGAGAAUUGCACCUGCCGUAUUAUUUUCGUACAACAAUUACGAUAACCUUUUACAUUAUGUCAGAGAAGUAACGGAAAUAACGCACGCACACAAGUUAGGGAUAAAUGGUGCUAUUUUACAAGCUAUAGCAAUUCACCAGAGUCUAUGUUUAGAUCCCAGCGAAGAACUGAAUGUUUUCAAUUUUGUUGACAAUCUCAUAAGCAAAAUGGAUAAAAUUGAAGGUGACGCAAGCGAAUAUAAAGAGCGACUAAACAUAGUAAAGGAGCUACUUUCUGAAGAUGGAGAUGAUCCUAAUGAACAAAAGGUAGUUCAAGAAUUGGGCGCUGGCGUCAGAGCCUUAGAGUCUGUACCUACCGCGAUUUUUUGUUUUCUAAGAGCGCAGAAACGUAUAAAGAGGAUACGAACUUAUAAUCCCGUUAGAAGAGCAAUUCAGUAUGCCAUUACUUUAGGGGGUGACACGGACACGAUUGCUAGUAUGACUGGUGCGAUAGCAGGUGCGUUCUAUGGCAACGAAAAGUUCAGCCUGCUGCUCUUAUCGCAUUGCGAAGAAUGGGAAUGGUUUCGAGAUAUGGCUGAUAAGUUGCUAGACCUAGCAACAUCCAGUGAGAUAAAUAAAUAAUAUAUAUUUAGAAGUGUACACAUAUUACAUGAAAAAAUUGGAGAAAUUUUUAUUGAAAUGAUGUUUGAAUUAAGAAUUAUUGUUACGACAUUUAACAGCUACAAUUACUAACAGUUUUAUUAAUGCAAAAGAAUUAUAUGCUCAA